AUGGCCGCUGUGACCCGCAAAGCCAUGACAGAUUCAGCCGGAGUGUCGAAGCGCGGCGGCCGGGUACUGGCUCCGGGAGGCGGCGGCAGGUCUGCGGAGACCUGGAAGAGAGACAUCGUCAGUCAGCUGAAGCACCGAGACCUGAGCCAGCACGCCAUGUUCCAGGACCUGAUCCGCUUCUACACUCAGCUGCUGGAGAAAACCAGCCUGGCCAAAGGGAUACUGAGCUCCUCCGCCAGACGUCCCUCCUGUGACAGCAGCAGCUCCGUCUCCUCUCUGCUUCACCAGAACAAACAGCUGAAGAAAACUACGGGAGAGUUGGCCUAUCAGGUGGUGGAGCUGCAGCAGCAGAUUAAAAUCAAAGAACGUUUUCUGGAGGAUCAACAUGCCAGACUGCUGGAGGAGGAGCGGCGGCUGGCGGGGGCGUUUGAUGCUCGUCAGGCGCUGCAGGAGCGGGUGGAGCAGGUUCAGGAGGAGAACAGGCAGUUGAAGGUGGGGUACGACGCCCUGCUGGAGCGACAAAGAGGGGUGGAGACGAGACUCAGAGAGGAGACGGUCAGAGGACGACACCUGCUUGGGGACAUGAUCCACCUGAAACAACAGGCUGCCGCCCGCAUGAACACCCGCAACGAACGCAGGUCCAGGUACAAGGACACCUUACACACAGCUCGAGAAGCUAACCUGCAGAAGGAGCUGCAGACUGCCGCAAGGUCAAAGGUCCCCGUGGACAGUUCUUCCAGCGCUCCGACCUCCAGAUCCACUUCUCCAAAGAAUGAAAACCACGAGUCCACAGAGAGGGGACACACCAGGCUCUUCAGGUCGGCGUCGGCUACGUCCCCCAGGAUCCUCACCUCCAUCAGACAGCUCUUUGACAGGAAGAGGCGGGGUCACUCCGUCUGCAGUCUGGAGGAGGAUCUGAUGCGUCCUGUAGGACUCUGUCUGUUAGCCAGAGUCCCUGUUCGAGCGCUGCAAGUACUGGAGGCCCACGAGCAAGGCAUCAACGCCGUGAGGUUCAGCUCCAGCUCAGACCUGCUGGCCACCGGGGGAACGGACCGAGUCAUCAAGCUGUGGGAGGUCAGAGCAGGCUCGCUGACUCACAGAGCGACUCUGGAGGGCAGCACCGAGGGCGUCACCUGCAUCGAGUUCGACCCGACGGGUUUGAGGAUCCUCGCGGCCUCGUACGAUAAGUCGGCCUUGUUGUGGCGGCUGGAUGACUCCGUUCCCAAGUUGACUCUAACAGGUCACACCAGGAAGGUAACAGCAGCGAGGUUCAGUCUUCUUCAUCAGGUGGUGACAGGCAGCGCAGACAGAACCAUCAGACUGUGGGACCUACACAGAGCCGCCUGUGUGCAGGUAGUUGAAGUGGCAUCGUACUGCAGUGACCUGGUCUGCUCUGAGAACUGUAUAAUCAGUGGACACUACGACUGUAAGAUCAGAGUCUGGGACACCAGGACGGUCAGCUGUGUUCAGGAGCUUCCUGCUCAGGGUAAAGUCACCUCACUGGACAUCAGCGCCGACCAUCGUCAGCUGCUCAGCUGUUGCCGUGACGACUGCCUCCAGCUAGUCGACCUGAGGAGGCGGAGCAACGACCGCGUGUGCUUCAGAGCUGAGGGCUUUAAAUGCGGCAGCGACAGCACCAAAGCUGUGAUCAGUCCAGACGGUUGCUUCCUCGCAGCCGGAUCAGCAGAUGGUGCAGUUUACAUCUGGAACAUCUCCACCGGCAACCUGGAGACCCGCCUACCUGACAAACACAGUUCGUCCAUCAGUGCCGUGUCCUGGUCUCUGUCCGGUGAAUACGUCGUCAGUGUGGACAAGAGUAGGCUGGCCGUCCUCUGGAGUGACAUCUGAAACAGCCAAUCCACGAAGAGGUCACAUUGUCACUGCAGCACCUCACACAACACGCCUCACCUUAAAGAACUGACCUGAGAGCUGUCAAAGGGAACAUUUGUGUUUUGUUUUUUUCAAGCUAUUUGGACAAAAGGGAUGUGAAACUUUCUGCUCGGGGCCUUUUUUUGCAUUUGCGUUUUUUAACACAACUGGGGAGCAUUAAUAAUUAACAGACAAAAACAAGGGAAAACACACUGACUUUCUACCAACCUUAAGCUUUUUUAACUGUAAAAACAACUGGACGAAAGGGAAACCUGCAACCAAAACAUCAAACAUUCCUGUAAUGUCUGAAACAUUCGGACAUAUUUUGUGAUAAUAUUUUGUCUCCAAUAUUUGAGACCAACGUGUUCGAUCUUCAUCAGGGUCAUCAUACGACACGUUACAAAGAACAUUUAAAUAGGAGUUAAAAAGGUUAAAAUAUAUAUAUAUAUAUAUAUAUAUAUAUAUAUAUAUAUAUAUAUAUAUAUAAAAAAGGCAUCCAAUCAUAUACAUGCUCAUAGGUGGUCCGGGUAUGCCGUCAUGUGGACAUGGGUGGUGACACCAUAAACAGGAGAAGGGAGGUACCCAAACUUGCGUAGAGGAGGUCUUUACCCAAAUGGGGCCAAUGUAGUGUGGCAUACUUUAAAACUUGUCUUAAAAACAUAAAAGUUAAGAUGAAAUAGAAUAAAAAGAGAAACAGCAGAGAUAUAUUCUAAAAACGCAUAAAGAAAAUAUUGGAAAUAUUUAACAACAAUAAAAUGGGUGCCCCACUGGCUGAUAUGUAUAUGUAUAUACAUACACAUUUAAUAAUAGAUUUGGUUUCCUUGUCAUCUUAUUGAAAUGUUCUUUGUAAUGUGUGAUGAUCCUGAUGAACGCCACAGCCUGAAACUCGUUGGUCUGACAGUAAAUAAAGUCUUGCAGGAGUUUUGACCUCUUCUGACUUUUUUCCUUCUCCAUGAACCGUUGGAAGAAGGUGAAGAAAUCCCUCCUUUUUGGAGAAGCCAAAAACAGCCACGCCCCAGAACGACAGCUGUGUUCACGGCUGGCCUGAUGAGGAGGAUGCUCCAGAAGGUCAAAGAUCUCAGAGUUUUAUUUUGAAGAGUUGGGGUUAGUCAGGUAUUUUGUUUCGCUUUUUCCUCAGCGAGCGAGAAACUGUGAAGUUGUUCUGAUUGGAGGAAAACUCGUCGAUCGGCCGAUGAUGUCUGAACAGCGGCUUUACAGACUGAUACCGGAUCAGAUUCAGAUUCAAGUUUGGUUCCUUCAGAGAUGAUUCCACACUUUAGGAGUGUAGAAGAAGAAUGAAAGUCUGCUGAAGUGUUUUCAGUGCGGUUCUGAUCCUGAAGUCUGAGCGUUCUGCAGCUCUGCGGUGGAUUUCCAUUUAAAAGGCCUCUCGGCUUUGAAGAGUGAAGUCAGCAGCUUCAAAGAGUAAAGUGGCCGGCCGGAGGCUCUGAUGGAGUCUCGACACAUCGACAUGAAACGGGCUGACUGCAGCAUCUGAUCUCAUCUGUGUCGUCGUUUGUUAAUCGGUUAUGAUGUAGUGGAAGGGCUCAGUGAGGCCACCGCACCUGAACACACUGCUGGUUCCAGUUCUGAACCUGCCCAUCACACCGACAACUGCAUGGUUAUUGGAGCCAACACGCAUUUACAUUGAAGAGACAUUUCAAAACAGCAGCUGUUGACCAAAGAGAUUUCAAAUACAAUUACACAAUCGAAACAAAGAUAACAGAACUGUAACAGACGAAAUCAAAACAAUUGUAUUUGUAUAUUAAUAAUUAAGGGGACUCGUGCAGUUGUGUGAAGGUGGCAAAGUUAACAGAUGUCAGGCGAAAACAUUUGUGCGUUCUCGAAGAACCCUUGUUCAGAUCAGGGAUGUCCCAGUCAGGGUUUUUUGGCCCCUAUUUCGAUCUGGCUCCUUUAAUAUUGAUUAUGUGCUCUUAUACUUAUAUUUACCUAAAAGUUGAUUAAACACGUAUCUGACACGUUGAAAUAACGAGAUCUGAAACAACAAUCCUGAAGGUCCUGAUUCAAAACUAAAGUUCACUAAACCAGCGCAGCACAGUUUGUUGAUCCGGAUCGGACGAGCGCGUCAGCACAGAAAGCGACGGAUAUAAAACUAACUAGCUAAUAAGCUACGAUAGCUUCCUCCUUUUUGGACUCUUCGGCUCUCCGUCCACUCAGAGCUCAGCUCUGUCAGCGGCGAGAGUUCAUGUGUUCGCCAGGUUGACCUCUAAUCAAACACACUGGCUCGGGUCCAGAAUGUCACCGCUAUAAAUGCUGGUCUGACCUGGUCUGGAUGAAGCUCAAGUGGAUUCAGAUCUUGUCCUCGUCCCUGUUGGGAGUCCAGGCACGGAUUCACAGCUCAGACUGGAUUUAUUGACGCUCACUAAUGAACUCGUACAAGAGAUGCGAUCGCUGCCUGUUCGGUGGAGACGGUUGAUCUGUCGGUUCACCUUCGUGCUGACAAAUCUUUUUUUUUUUAAAAAGGGUAAAAUAUAAAUAAUGUUUGUCCUCCUUUGUCCUUUUUAUGAUCUGUCCUCUGGUUCGUUGAGCGCUUUUAUAAAAAUAUUUGCUUUGAUGCUUUUACUGUUUGUUUCCUCGAUUACUUCUUUCUGAGGUUUCUGUUCAGAAGUCGGAGGGCUCCUGGUGACCGUUAACACCGACCUUCUGUUUGUCUGGAUACUGACGUGAUUUCUGUGUUAUUUAUUUGGUGAGAUUAUUUUGCUUGUUUUUGUUCAUUAAUCUUGACCUUCUGUGACCUUCAGGGGAUUUUAAAAGGGAACAUUUGUUUAAAUGAGAGAAGAUACAAACAAAAUAUCAGAGCUCAGAGACACUGCUGAUGCAGAUCAGCCUGUCAGGCCAAACUGAGGGCUGUUUUCAUCCAGAUGAUGAUGUUAACGUUUCCAUACAGAAAUGUUAAAGAUGUUCAGUGAACAUUAUGGGAUAGAAGGACAUAUUUAAAUGUUUAUUAAUGCAUUUGUGAACAAAUAAAACUCAUUUUAUAUGGAUUCUGAAGUAUUUAAUAUGUUAAUGAGGUUUUUAUUUAUUUAUAAACACUUUUAUUCAUGUGUGUAAUCACCUCAUUAACUCUUCAUUAAGUGUUUUUCCUGCAGUUACAGAUGAUUGACAGGAGGAGCUAUUGACAAAUACAUUAAUAAACGAUUAAAAUGUCCUCAUAUCUGCUUACAACUGUGUUGCAGUGUGUUAUAAACCAUUUAUUACAUGUUUAUAUUCUGAUUAUAAAUGAUGAAUAGGGCUAAGAUAACGUGUGAAGGCCGUGGUGACAUAGUGACGACUCACAGGGCUGGUUGGUGAACUACUGUAGCUGCCGAGAUAAAUGCUAACACGCUAGCUAGCCAGCCUAGCGCUAAUCAUUAUUUAUUACGCCCCCUGACGUUUAGUUCACCACCGAACAUCAUUUCAUUCAAUAGAAAGUUAUUGAAGAGGAAAAAUAAUGCUGUUAGCUCAUUAGCUUAGCUCCAUGGCUAACGGGACAACUAGAUACUGACACACAGCUAAGCUACGAUAGCUUCCUCCAUGUUGGACUCUGUCCGCUUGUUAUUGGUCAACGGGGCAAAUUCACCAAAGCUGAACAUGACAAAAAACACAAAAUGAGUGCAGAUUAACUUUGCAUGAAUUGGAAUAAAUUGAAUUCACAGCAAAAUUUCACAAAACACAAAAUAUUACAUGUAAAAUAUUACUAUUUAUUACUAUAAAAAUACUACAUCUCUGAACACCAAGUGUUGUUAAUAGUUGUCUAACAGUAAGACGAUUUAACUUGAGGACAUAACGGUCAGGUAUACCUGUAAUGUGCGAGGCUCACCAUCACGGUCCUCCACGCUCUCAGCCGAUGUUCCUUUAAUACUCUGUUCUUUCAGCUGUGGAUGAAACAUUUACACUCUGCUAAUGAACAAACUGUGUUUUUAUUUCUAAUAAACUGGUUUCUCACCUUC